AUGGCGGCCAACGACUACUACGCCAACACCCACGGGCAGUCGAAUGACAGGAACGAUGCGCCUCUACCACCAGUCCCCAGCAACCACACACAACAUUCCGUCUCGCCCGUCAGCUCACCUUUCGACGACCGACCCUACCCCCAACACACUGCCAGCAGCGGAGCGCUCGGCGGCUAUCCCAUUGAUACAUCGUAUUCAAAUACCUCGUACCAACCUCCGACACAAUAUAGCUCGACCGCACACAUCAACGACCCGUACGCGCGGCAACCAGACCCGUUUGCCGACCAAAACGCCAUACCGCUUCAGAACCAACCCAAGAUGGAUGGUAGUAGUCCAACACGGUACAAUGGCGACCCAGAGUACUACGGCAUGGGCGUGGAACCCAAGAGGAGAAAGAGCAAAAAGAAGAAAGGCUGGUUCAGUGGGAGGGUGACGUGGGUUGUGUAUAUUCUUACGGCGGUGCAAGUUGGUGUGUUUGUGGGAGAGUUGAUCAAGAAUGGCAUCCUAACAGGUAGCCCCAUUCAAACCAAGCCCAACUUCAACAUCAUGAUCGGUCCCUCACCCUACGUCCUAAUCAACAUGGGCGCUCGCUUUACACCCUGCAUGCACAACAUCAAGCGUGUUAUCGAGGCCGAUCCCGGGCCCGUCGUCCAGUGGCCAUGCCCCAACACGACGACCCUUACCGACAACAAGUGCUCCUUGGCCGAACUCUGUGGCAUGGGCGGUGGCGUCCCCGAUCAAUCGGGUGUUACAGACUUCAAGGACAGAAGCCACGAGCCGAACCAAUGGUGGCGCUUCAUCACCCCGAUAUUUCUGCACGCAGGAAUCAUACAUAUUGGUUUCAACAUGCUCCUACAGUGGACACUAGGCCGAGAUAUGGAGAAGGAAAUCGGUCCUCUCCGUUUCGCACUUGUAUACUUUUCCGCCGGUAUCUUCGGUUUCGUCCUCGGCGGCAACUACGCACCCGACGGUAUCACAUCCGUUGGCGCGUCCGGAUCCCUCUUCGGAGUCCUAGCCCUCACCCUGCUCGACCUGCUGUACAACUGGUCCACUCGCCGUAGCCCAGUCAAAGACCUGCUCUUCCUGCUCCUCGACAUGGCUAUUGCGUUCGUCAUCGGUCUACUCCCCGGCCUAGACAACUUUUCGCAUAUCGGCGGUUUCUUGAUGGGUAUCGUACUGGGUAUUUGCAUCAUACACUCCCCAGAGUCGCUGCGCGCUAGAACAGGGCAGAGCGAACCGCCGUACGCGACGGUGGACACGCAGCCCCUCGCCCACGAGCCAACUGCGACAGAGAGCAAGAGCAAAAUCACGGCUUUUGCCAAACAACCAGUAGGCUUCUUCAAAGGUCGCAAGCCGCUGUGGUGGGUGUGGUGGCUUGUGCGCGCUGGAGGGCUCGUAGCAGUCUUUAUAGGCUUCAUCCUGCUGCUGAGAAACUUUUACGAGUGGAGGAAUACCUGUAGUUGGUGCAAGCAUUUGUCCUGCUUGCCUAUUACAACCAAAGGUGUGUCGUGGUGCGACAUGGGUACCUUGAAUCUCACGACGACGGAGACUCCCAGUAAAAGGAGUUUGAAUCCGGCGAGUCUAGCCCACUUUAUGGGUGAGGCGACUGUUGGAAGAAUACUAUAG